GUGGGCGACCGCCCCUACCGCGAGAAGGCGGCACGGGCCGUGCUGCCGGCCGCGCGGCGCUUCGGGACGCUGGCGCUGGCCGCGCUGGACGCCUUCGUCUGCGCGGCGCUGGCGGCGCAGCUCGCCGGCGCCGCGGUGGUGUGCCGGGCGGCCGGGCCGGCGGUGGCCGCCGCGCUGCAGCUGCCGGCGCUGGCGGCGUGCGUUCGGGCCCUCGCCGAGUGGUGGCGGAAGUUCGGGGACUUCCCCUCCAGCUUCAGGUGCGAGCUCCUCAAGGUGGUCGCUGGCCCCCUCGCCUUCCUGGCGCCCGGCGGGCAGAACUUCCACAGCCCGCUCGGGCUCACCAGGUUCAGCGUUUCGCCACGGCGCGCGCACCUCGGGCAGGCGCUGUCGCAGCUGGCCGCCCUGGCGCUGUGUUUCGGCUUGGUUCCGCCGGGGCUGCUGCCUGGGCCCGCCGGGGUCUUCGCGGCCCGCGCCAAUGCGGCCUUCAGGGAAGAGUUUUUGGCCCCGUCCGCCGGCCUCCUCCACGGAGGCAUCCUGCGCAGCGAGCUGGGCGGCGCGCUGCUGCGCGCCUGCGUGCUCGCGGUGUGGGUGCCUUGUGCGGCCCUGCAGAUCUGCGGCUCCCUGGCGCUGGCCUUCGCUGGGCGCCAGGAGGACCACGGCCUCCUGCAGCUGGUCGACGCCGCCGCGGAGGAGAUCGCCCUGUGGUGCGAGGCCCAGGAAGCCAGGGAGCCGUCUGGCCUGCACGCGGACAGGGGGCGGUCGUUCAGCUUGUCACGGGCAACUAGCGGGCUCGACUGGCUCGGAAACGACUGA